AUGACGGGAUGAUUUACUUAAGAGCGGGAGAAAGAAUAGCGAUUACUGUUCAGUGAUCAGUGACUGAAGCCAUGAGCAGUUUGUUAUCGAUGAUAAGAGAGACGGCGCGAAGGAGCAUCAUUAGUACUUCAUCACACUGCAGCUCAGGGUGACUCACCAUGACGACAGAGCUAGGUGAAGCCCAGCCCACAGAGGCGGAGUCUUUCCCUGAAGCUGCCAACCACUCCACACCGAAACAGGGUGAGAAGGGUGGGGUGUCCCAAGCUCAGAGCUCCUUGGCAGAGGACUCAGCCAGUAACCUGUCGUCAAGCAGCUGGAUUGCUCGCUCUCCCGCUAGAAACCCACUGAGCUUUAGAACAAUGCAGGCCAGAGUGACCCUGCUAGAUGGCUCCAUGUUCACCUGCACCGUGGAGAAACGAGCUCGAGGUCUGCAGCUGUUUGAGAAGGUUUGUGAACACAUAAACCUGCUAGAGAGAGACUACUUCGCUUUGUCCUUCAGAGAUGCUGACAAUAACAAGAACUGGUUGGAUCCAGGAAAGGAGAUGAAGAAGCAGGUCAGAGGUGUUCCCUGGAACUUCUCUUUUAAUGUGAAGUUUUACCCUCCUGAUCCUGCACAGCUGUCUGAGGACAUCACCAGGUACUUCCUGUGUCUCCAGCUCAGACAGGAUAUAGUUUCUGGUCGUCUUCCUUGUUCGUUUGCAACUCACACCAUCCUCGGCUCCUACACAGUCCAAUCAGAGCUUGGAGACUAUGAUCCCGAUGACUGUGGUGCAGACUACAUCAGUGAAUUGUGCUUUGCUCCGAAUCAAACUAAAGAAAUGGAAGAGAAGAUCACAGAGCUGCACAAAACCUACAGAGGAAUGACUCCAGCUGAAGCAGAGAUGCAUUUCCUGGAAAAUGUAAAGAAACUUUCCAUGUAUGGAGUCGACCUCCAUCAUGCAAAGAUGAUAGGAAGCGGCUUUGUUUGCCUGUCUUCAGCUAAGUCAGAGGACUCAGAGGGUGUGGCCAUUAUGCUGGGUGUGUGCAAUAGUGGUCUGCUGGUCUACAGAGAUAGACUGAGGAUCAACAGGUUCUCGUGGCCAAAGAUCCUGAAGAUUUCGUACAAAAGAAACAACUUCUACAUCAAGAUCCGACCAGGAGAGUUCGAGCAGUUUGAGUCCACCAUUGGUUUUAAGCUGUUCAACCAUAGAGCUGCUAAGAGACUCUGGAAGGUGUGUGUGGAACAUCACUCCUUUUUCAGGCUAUUAUCACCAGAAGAAACUCCUAAGAAGUUCCUGACUCUGGGUUCAAAGUUUCGUUACAGCGGUCGGACUCAGAUUCAGAGUCGCAGAGCCAGUGCUCAGAUAUCCAGACCAGCACCGCAUUUCCCACGAUGUAUCAGCAAGAGGAGCAUGUUGAGCCGCAGUUUAGAUGGAGCUUCACAGACUGGACCUACCUCCUCUCCGAUUGUCUCUCAAGCCAUCACAGCUUCCCCAAAAGUCAAUGGUGGCACUCACACAGAUAUGGGUUCUGGGCUGUAUGGAGCAUCUAAAGCCAUCGCCAUCAGUGACCUCAUCACAACAGUAACACCUGAGAAGAGAAUGGAAGAGAGCAGUGAAGUUCAAGUUGAGGAGGUGCAGGAAGUGGAGAAUGUGAAUGAAAAGGAGCAAGAGGAAGAGGAAGAGGAAACCAAAGAAACAGAGAUUUCACAGCAGAGUACUCUCACUCCUCAGAAAAUAGACACCAAAACUGAGCUAACUGAUACUGCUGUGGACGAAGACCUGACAGCUACUGAGUCUGACCAAGAUGAAGAUUUGAAAACUCAGGGUAGUCCUGAGGAGAUGCAGAAACCUCAGAGCACCAUCAGUGCCCUCAGACGCUCCUUUUUAGAGGGAGGAGAAGGAGAAGGAGGAGGAAUGACAGAGUGGGAGAAGCGUCUGGCCUCGUCACCUCUCCGAAGGGUCGAUGACUCCCCAAUGAUUGAACCUCUGGAGCCCGAUGAGGAGGGCGGGUUCAUGACAAACCAAGCUCCUCCUCGGCCAUUCAAAAAGAAGAGCUACACAGUGGGGCAGACUUACUGCACAGUCUCUGGCAGGGUUUUUACCAUGACGAUCAUGGAUGACAGCUCUGAUGCUACCAUGACAACAGCAAGUGUCAAACCCUGCCAACAAGUUCAACACAUUUCACAGCUCACUGCUGACGAUGACAUCACAGAGGGACCGCUGAUUGCCAUCCCUGAGGUAAAGACUCCGACUUCACCUUCGGACCUGCCACCUGUUGACAACAGACAAAUGAUUAGUGUGGCUGAAGGUCUCGACUUCUGUGGGGCCAGAGUCUCUGUGAAGUCCUUCCCUGCCACCCCUACAUCCUCACUGGACAAGCUAAGCCCCAUCUCUGGCAGGAAAUCACCUUUCAUGGCAGCAGUGCCUAAACCUACAUUUGAUGAUAUGUCUCCUGAGCUGACAGCUCUGCUGAAAUCAGCCAGAGAGCAACAAACCUUCAGAGAACACGACCUGCUCAAGACUUCAGAGAAGGUGGAGACAAUAAUGCUGGUGACAGAGCCACAUGACGAGGACGAGGCAAUGGUGGACCAGCAAAAGAGCCAAGGAGAAUCUGAUACUCCUGCUGGUCUGCUGCUGAGCUCACACAGCUACACUACCGAGACCUCCAACACCACUACCACCACUCACAUCACCAAGAUGGCAAAAGGGGGGAUUUCUGAAACCAGAAUAGAAAAGAGGAUUGUGAUUUCUGGAGAUACAGAAGUUGACCACAACCAGGACUGAAUCUGGACGCCCAAGGGGUUUAGUAUAGAGUGCAUUGCCAGAAACAAAACUGUUGGCUGCAGCAUCCACCGAGCAUGGAUGAACUGAGGAUUUGGACACACAUUCAUGCAUGGACACACAUAUAUACAGCAUCGCCUGCCUAUCUCACAGGGGGUGGAACCAAUGGCUGAGUUAGCAUUAGUUCGAUAGUGUGACUAGAUGAGUAGAUUUAACUGAAAGUUUCACAUGCAACGCAGAGAUGGGAGAGAAAGACGUGUUUCCAUAGCAACAGACAACCUACACUGGACCUUCACUAUGAAUCAGCUUCUGAAGCAUUUACUUAUAUAAGCCUUCCCCCACACCUCAUUCCCCAACACUCUAAGGUGGGCAUCUGAUUGGCUAGCUGACUCAGGUGUGCUUGCUCCUCUAUUGUUGGGAGACAGCAGCUUUUCAAAACAUUUAGCCUGACAUCUGAAAGAUAGUGCUUCGAGCUUUACCUGGUGAGAAACUUGAUGCGUACUAUCACCAGCUGAUCAAAACAGUUUCCUGUCUAACAAGAAAAAACAGCUAAAACUCUGCUUUGAAUUUACCCAUAAUGCAAUAGUAAUGUGCCAUUCGCUAAACCUUCCACGAAAAUGACGAUGAAUCAUUCAUGUGUGUGUGUUUUUGAUUUCUGUAUCCAUUUAUUUAUUAAAUUACAAACUGAUCACAGCCCCUGA